AUCUCACAUCAUCAACACGAUCAAAGUACGGAGUAUAGAACGGUUCCCUUCAUCUAUGCUUCUCUUUGGUUGAAGCAGAAGAUAUCGAGAAAUAUUGUGGAUUUUUAAUGAGAUCGCCUGGAGAUGAUUCGUCUUUGAGCUCCAAUUCACCGUUGAGUACUUUUGCGCAUCGCAACCCGCAGCAACAGGCCUGACAUCAGCAAACUUCUCUACCCCCUCGGGAAUCAAUUAUCCGCCCAUGGCUACUAAUUCCCUGGCUGUUUCGCCGCCCACCCGAUCCAAUGAGGAGCUCAACAUCACCGUUGUGCGCCGAUACAAUCCCUCGAUAUCCACAAUCCUGUCGCUUGCUCAGUUUGCCGUGGUAUACAUCUUCAGUGCGACUACUCAGACAUGGGAGAAGUUAGGAAUCGAGGGCACUUUGUUCGUGUGCCAGCGCACGAAAGGAGAUCUGGGCGAGGAAAGGUACAGCGUCAUGGUUCUCAACAGGCGUGGAAUGGACAACUUUGAGGCCAGACUAGAAAAUGGGGACGACGUUGAAAUCACUGAUGAAUAUGUUAUCUUGAAGGCGGACGAUGACAAAGGCCGCGAAGGCGCCAUCCGCGCAGCAAAUGGGCGGACGUCUAUGAUAUAUGGAUUAUGGAUCUUUUCUGAACCUGCACCGAGCUCGACAGCUGAGACAAGGACGCUGAAUGCGCAGAUGAUUAAAGAAUGCGCAGUGCAUGGCGGGGAAAGUAGGAAACUUGCCGAGGAGAGGCUGGCCGCUGAACGCAACCAGAACAUGCUCGUUGAGGAGGCUCCGUCCGCCACACCAAUGAACCGGCAGAUCUCUUUGAAGGAGCUUUUCGGUCAGCAGAGAGCGCAGGACGAUGCGUGGAGCGUCAAAGUUCACAGCCCGGUGGCUGAAUUCAAUCCUCAAGCUCAGCCCCAAGGGCCCACCAAUCAACCAGUUGGCUGGCCUGCACCUCAAGGAGUCCCGCCAGGACUACUUCCAGGAGCGCCAAACGGAAAUGACGUGUUGGGCGACUUAUUCCGAAAAGCGGGCAUUGGACACCAAGGAUAUUCCUAGGUACUAUAUUCAACGCCUAGUAUCCUAUUCAGAUCCUAGCUGUCGACACAAAUCAUGCGGGAUUUGCCUUUCAAGACUGAUAUCGGAUCAUAUUACAUUACUCUAUAGACAUACCUGAUGCUUGAUGCGGACUACAAGUACAGAAUUUUCUAACUCUCCAGGAA